CGAAUUGAAACGCCUUUUUUCCUGUUUGUUGGAAUACGACGUCUAAAAACUGUCGCGUUUCGUAUCAAUAACGUUGUUUGUGAUUUUUUAAACUAUAUUUAGGACUGAAAUAUCACAGGUGUUAGUGCUUGUAAAAAGUUAAGAAAUCUAGCCAAUUCGUGCUCCAUUUCAACCGCAUAAUUAAAGGAAUGUUCACUAUUUUAGAGGGUAGUUUCUAUUGCUUUAAUCGGAACUUAUAAAUGACUUGAUAUCGAUGUAAGUGUUCUGGCUGUGAAACCUACAAAAAGAAGAUUUCGGGACACCUACACCAUCCAUCAAGACAACAUUAUCGCGCGUGUGUAGUGGUGUGAGGCGGGUGCAGUGUGAUGUUAGUGUGCUUGAGAGGCUGGUAGUGCGCCCGCGCCGCGUGCGGCUGCCAUGUCAUCGCCGGCCCGCGCGCCGCCGCCGGCGCCCGGCGCUCCCGCGGGCCCGCCUCCGCUCGUGGCGCACGCGCCGCCCGGCCCACCCGGCCCGGCCGGCCCGCUCGGCCCGCCGCGCUCCGCGCCGCUGCCGGCGGGCUCCGCUAUGCUCCCUCCGCCGGGACCGGGACCCUCGAGACAGCGUUCACUUAAAGACCGUCUGCGAGAGGGGAUAACUGGACCAUUCCAUUGGCAGUGA